CGCACUGACUCUCGCGAGAACAACACACCAUUAGCAAACAUGGCGGCCGCGAUGGAUGUAGACACCCCGAGUGGAGCUAACAGUGGAGCCAGUAAAAAGCGUUUUGAAGUGAAAAAGUGGAACGCCGUGGCUCUGUGGGCUUGGGACAUUGUGGUGGACAACUGUGCCAUUUGCAGAAAUCACAUUAUGGACCUCUGUAUAGAGUGUCAGGCCAAUCAGGCGUCAGCUACAUCGGAGGAAUGUACGGUGGCCUGGGGAGUUUGUAAUCAUGCGUUUCAUUUCCACUGCAUCUCACGCUGGCUGAAGACCAGACAGGUCUGUCCUCUGGACAACAGAGAGUGGGAGUUCCAGAAGUACGGACAUUAGCAGACAAUUAACGUUGUCUGUGCUUCAGAUCCAGGAUAUUGUUUCCUGAGAUGCAUUUUUCUUUAGAUGUCUCCAUUCUCUCUCUCUGUCAAAGACCAAAAGGUCAACAUUUAAAUUGUUAUUCUAGUUAGGAUGUUUUUUAUUUCUGUGUUGUAUGCAGCAUUCUGAGCUGGAAAAUCAUCAAUAAAGUCUCUCUAAAUGCA